GCACCCCCUCCCCCCCCCCUCACCACCACCACCGCCACCACCAGCACCAGCACCAGCACACCAUGCCCCCAAAAAAAUACCACACCCACUCCAAGCGGCGCCAAGUCCCCACGACCUCGGCCGAGUUCUUCAGCGCCGCAAUCGAGUACGAAGAAGCCGGCGACCGGUGGAGCGCCGGCGACGCCAAAAAGGCGCUGCGCUUCUGGGUGCGCGCUGCGGAGGCGUAUGAGAGCUCUCUCAACCUGGCACUGGAUUUUGACGCGGCGUAUAAUCUUGCGCGGGGUGUGCUACAGGCGCACUAUCGUGCGCUGGAGUUGGCCAGGGACGGGGGCGGCAGGGUCGAUGUCUUGUUUAAUACUGCGCAGGUGCAUACGGCUGUUGCGGAGGUGCUGGAGAGGGGGGGUAGCGGGGAUGGGGGGGAGGCGGGGGAGGCGGUCGCGCAUCUGCUCAAGGCGAGGGAUAUGUUCGCUGAGUGUUUAAGAUGGCAGAGGGGGGUGUUUGAGAGCUACAGUGAGCCUGCGCUGGUUGGGCAGGGGAUGGGGAUGAGGAUGGGGAUUGGGAUGGGGGCGGGGGACGGGACGGGGGAGGAUGAGGAUGAGGAUAUGGAGAUGGGCGGGGUGGAGCUGGGCGAGGAGAGGAGGGAGGAGGGGGAGGAGUACGCGGUUAUCCAAGAGCCUGUGACAGAGGGCGUGAUUGCGGACACCCUCGUGGAACUGCUAAAGACGCUGAGCACACUGCUACCGCUGCUGCCCGAUCCGCGCAAAGCAGCUGCAUCAGCGUCGGAGCUGUUACAACAACUCCACUUACUGCACGCCUCCCUCCCCUCGCGGCAAACCGAGCUCUCCAUCGCCUCGGCAGUCACACAAUGCGCGAUCGCCGAAUCUGCGCACCGCGUCUCGCCCUCCCCCUCCAGCCUCAGCACCUGGGAAUCCACCCUAACCAGCGCCUUCUCACCCACCUGGCCGUGGCCGCACUCCCCAGAAGCGCUCUGCGCGAAAUCAGACUGCCACAUAUCCCUCGCUUCGACGGUCCCCGCCGCGGCCUGGCGACACUACGCCCUGUCUUCGCAGGCCCUUGCCGCAGCCGCCAGCCUCGACGGCGGGAAGACCGCGCGGAUACAUGUGGCGCGCGGCGAUACGGAGCUGCUUCGCAGCCGGACUGAGGCGUGUACUCCCGAGACCAGAGCGGUGCUGCGCAGGAAUGCGGGCGUGUUUUAUCGUGGGGCGGUCAGGCUCGUGGGCGAGAGGGAGGGUAAGACAAAGAGGGAGGCGGAGGUGAAGGAGUUGGCCGUUAGGGUCGAGGAUGGGGUGGAAGAGGCGGGCGGGAUUAGGGAGGGGGAUAGAGGCGCGAGGGAGGUGCUCGAGGAGGCGGUUGAGGAGGGGGUUUUCUUGCCGGGGAUCUGGAGUAUGGUUACGCGGAAGGCGGAAGAGGUAUAUACACCCGGCGAGGGCUUGUAG